UGGCGAGAUCCAGAGCCUGGGAAAACAUGGCCUCGGCUCCGGCGAGAAGAAGAUGGAAUAGACGGCAUCCGAAAAACUCCUGGUGCUGGAGAUCGAGCUCGGGGUCUCCAGGGAGCUGGAAGUCAUCGAAAUUUAUUGGAGAGAAAUCCAGGCAGGCUUCCGUUUCCAGGCUUCGGUGGAGGAAUUCGCACAGGGCAUCGUCGUCCUCGUCCUCGUCGUCGUUAUCAUCCUCAGCUCCUUCAACUUCGUCCUUUCUCGAGACCUGCUCAAGAACAGAAUGUGGACUGCUCGGCUGGAGUCUUUUGCGAACCUUCGAGGCCGGCGGCUGCUCUUGCUCGUCUCCACCUUCGAGCAGCGAGUCCAGGAGGGCGGAAGUAAUACCUUGCUCCUCGAGCUCCGGCCACACUGAAAACUUUGGUGACGCAGGGAUCGACCGAGCAAGCCUGAAGCUCGGAGUACCAGUAGAGAUUUUCCUCCCCUUGCCGCUCCAGAGCCAUGUCGACAUCAAGAUCACUCGCCAUCACGCAGGAAAGGUGCGUGGAUCUCUUACAGGAGCGCGGACCCCUAGAUGGGAGCAUAUUUCUCCAUCUUCCUGGUAUAUGCACCGCGAUGCGCUCUUCAAAGUGGAAGCAAAUGGAAUGCGAGCAAGGAGAUCUGUUAGCCUCUCCCGACGAAGUUGUCGUGGAAGCUGCGAUUGGCGAGCGAGGAAGGGCGGGCGAGCGAGCGAGCGAAAGAGCGAGAGGUGUCAGCACAGGAACACAACUCGAUCGAAGAAAAGAGUGCUCUGGGAUUUCUGGGGAUGCGCAUCCGCUCCGGUCAAGAAGCCGGGCAUUUAGAGCUUCUAAGGUAAAAUUUGGAGGUGGGGACAUGAUGCGGUUCACAAUGCGGGCGCGAUUCUUUUGAUUUUGUUCUGUGCUUUGUUGUUUAAUGUGCGGAGAAGAUGCCCUUCGCUCGUGAAAGUGCCAAAAACUAGAUCCCGCGAACUAAAAUUUAAAUGAAGCAUAUUCUCCUGUGCC